GACAGUGCUGUGCGUAGGUUUUUGUAACAUCGAGGCAUGCAGUGAACUUACCAUGGACUUCGUCCUUGCUUUGUUUCUUAAUGUAGUACUUUUUAUGUUUUCUGCUCGAAGUACAACUGCUGGGGCACCAAACCAAAGUGCAAUUUAUAUUCAAUUACAAAGAGACGGUAAUUUUGAUAAUAAGAUUUCAAAUGCAGUACCAUUAAAAUCUUUAAAACCUGUGAAUUUAAUAAAGUGUGCAAGACAUUGUUUACAAACAGAAAAUUGUGAAUCCGUAUUUUUUCACAAAGAUGGCAAGGUUUGUAUUAUGUAUUCAUCCAGGAUGGCAGCAGUUUAUAGUGUUUCGAGUGAAAAUGGAUGGAGAUUUUACCAUAAAGGUCAAAAUUUGUGCUCCUUGACAGAUGGAUACAGGUAUGAUGCUAAUUUAGAUCGGUGUAUCAAGGCAUACGAUACAGCUAAAUCUCACUUUGAAUCUUCUACUGCUUGUCAAGCUGAUAAUGCUGCUUUGGUUAGAAUUGAUAGCAAUGCCAUGUGGACAUUUGUUAAAAAUGAAUUAGCUGCUAAAAAUAUAGUAGACACUUAUGUACAAGGCUCAAAAGACGGGCAAGGCGUAUGGAGGUACGACGAUGGUUCAAAAAUUACAUUUAUACAAUGGGGAACCUCCCAACCUGGAAAUGGCGCUUCUGAUAUUCGUUUAAAUCUUUGGAAAAGUCAUGGAUAUCGCUUCCAUGACGUAACAGGAAACAGCCAAUAUUGCUUUGUUUGUGAAAUAAACAUGAAGUAGAUUA